AUGCCCUCCAAGCACCGAGACGAGUCCAAGCCCAGCCGGCGCUGGAGCAAGCUCAAGGACAAGUUCACCAAUAGAGGGGAACCUCAGGUCGAAGAAGUCGCCGCCCCCGAGCUGCCUGAUACUCCAAUUCACAACCAAUACGCGACUCAGAAGCGUGACGCUGCUCGUCGGCAAGCAGAGCUUGGCUUCACCUCGACUGAUAAUCUAUCGGGUCGAGCAACACCGAGCACUACAUAUUGGAGCAGCGCAACUGCGACUCCUUCAGUCGAGUCCCCGCAACGAAAUCCAGACGGCUCGGCUCCGGGCACACAAUCCGCAUCGCCCUACAGGUCUCGCAUUGAGAGCGGAUCUAUCUGGAAGAACGAGCACGAGAUAGACGGCCAACCAGUCACACAACCAUCCUCCGAAAUUUCUCGAGGGACGUUGACUCAGAGUCCUCCUCAGGUCACAUCAACUCAUAGUGAUGCCCCGAGGCUUAUGGUUGAGCUUCCCUCGGAGCGCAUGAUAGACACCGAGCCGAUUGAGAUGCCAGUGGAAGAACCGACUUCAACAGAAACAAGUCAAGAGCCAGAAGAAGUGAUGCGAAGCCAGACAGGAAACACCAAUGGGCGAGAUUCGCCUCGUGCGACUCGACACCGCAAUGAGUCUUACUCCGAACGAACAGGCGGGCUCCCAUCAUCGCCUGACCAGCACAAGGCAGGUCCUUCGCAACCUCCAAUGGAUACGGCUCGAGCAGCUGCCGCCCUCGCCUUUCAAUCUCAAACUUCUAGUGCCACGCAGAGAAGACCUGUUGGUUCAACUACUGGUAACCCUCCCUAUCCGACUGUCCAGAACGAUACGGUUCCUCUCCAACUUGUUCCACUAAGAGGAACAAGCGUGAGACCAGAAGUCGUUCGUUCAGAUGCUGUUCGGUCAGAGGUGGCUCAGUCUGAUGGUGUUCGGCCUGAAGCCAUUCGGUCUGUCCGGUCUGAGGCUGUUCGUUCAGAUACUGUUCGUUCAAAUGCUCUUCGGUCUGAGGCUGCCCGAUCGGAGGUUGCUCGAUCAGAAGCUGCCCGGUCAGAAGCUGUUCGUUCAGAUACUGUUCGGUCAGAGGUUGCUCGGUCCGAGGCUGCCAGGUCUGAAGCUGCCCGGUCUGGAGCUGCUCGAUCAGAGGCUGCUCGGGCAGAGGCUGCUCGACCAGAUCCUCCCAUCAACGAAGACCACAUUCCUGACGAACGUGAUCGGAGAUCGGACCCUGUAAGGGAAACGGAUCCUUUCAACUAUAUACUCGAUGACGACGACGAUAACGACGACGAUCAAUGGUCACAUCAGUCUACGGAACAGCACGUGGAGUCUGAAGAGCGCCGAGGUUCUGGCCUUCGUGACAGAUUCCGCAGAAAUGGAGGAAUCCAAAAACAGCAUCAAACACUCCACAAGGCUGCUACUCAAAAUUCGAACCUAGACGACUGGUCCAGGAAGCUCAAGGCGUUCCAAAAGCAACACAAGGUUCCAAAGGACCCCUAUGUCGACCAACUCGGUACAGUGUUGCAGUGGGCAAACAAGGAGCUCGAAAGGCGCAAACAAGCAGUCGAGACCAAAGAUCAACAGAUCAAGAGUUAUACUGGCUCUGUCGAGAAGUUGAAGGAUGAGAUUGCGAGACUCAAUUCAAUGGUUGAUGCUCGAAAUCGCCAAAUCCAUCAAAUGCAGGAUGACUGGACCAAGGCUGAAAAUGCCAGACGAACAGCUGUGGCAGAACGCGACAGUAUGCAGACUCAAGUCCGCGGCCUCAAGGAUACUCUCAAAUCUACACAGAAGAAACUUGAGGCAUCCGAGCAGGACUACCAGACCGCCGUGGGUGAGCGAAACACUGCCCAACAGGAGUCGGCAAUGUACCAAAACCACUACGAGCAGACGACAACUGAACUACAAAAAGCGAAUUCUAACUUGAAUCGCGUGGUUGGAGAGAGGAACAAAGCUCGAACAGAAUGCAAUCAGUACUGGGAGACUGCUCAGCAGAAGGAUUUGGAGCUGGAGAAUGCCCUUAAGAUCAACAAGCAACUUGAUCACAGCCUCACAACGACCACCAACGAGAGGGAUGCCUACAAGCAGAGCAGUGAUACAGCACUUGCUCGCUGCUUGGAGCUCGAGAAGGAAAAGAAGGACGAGAUUGCCAAAAUGCAGGCAAUCUAUUCUCGCCAAAUUAGCACUCUCAAUGAGAAUUCCAAGAAGAAGCAGGAGGAGCUCGAGGGCACCAUUACCGACAUGGCAUUGAGCCAUCAAAGAGUCGUUGAGGAGAUGACGGCCGAGCAUGAAGCCGAAAUUGCUCGACGAGACGCUGAAGCCAAGAACCUUGAGGAGAGAUUCAGAGCCAAGUUGAGGGCUGAUACGACUAAGCUUCAAAACGAGUUGACGGCGGCGCACAAGCGCAUGGCGAGCUACAGUAACAUGGACGACUACGUGGCUACGCCAGAUGAUGAGUUCAGGAGCAACUUCUUGCACAUUGCUCAACGCAUCAACAACCUCAACUACUGGGUUCCACGUCCAAACAACUACUUAUUCGACCCUGAGCUUGAUCCUGACAACUUCUUGACCAGGAACGCUGAGCAGGGAGGUCGAAAUUGGCCCAAGUUUGUACGCCACGUUUGCUGGAGAAUCAUCAUGCGAGGCUUCUUUGACCGGCCUUUCGGAUUUGGUGCCCUUGGAUGUCAGGGAAGCGAUGGCUUCGAUGCCAUGGAUCACUUAUUCCAGGUCUGGGCUAUUCCCGACCCUAAAGGUUCACGGGGACUCAUCCUGCCCAACACCAAGGAAAUGAAUUCCUGGCGCGCUGACUUCUUUGGGAAACUCCUCAAGAAAUGGCGGCAGGGCUCAGCCUCGGACGACUACUACCUGAGGUUCUUCCAGGCCAAUGUUCAGCUGGUGACAAACGACCUGCUAGCCUCUCUACAGCGGGCGAGCGGCAACCGGCUAGACCCCCAAGCUAGCGGCGAGAUCGCCGAGUUUGUCGAGGGCCUGGGCACUCUGGCGCUCGAGAUGGCCUCACAACGGGCCCAGAUCUACCUAGACUCGUGCGAGCAUGGUGAGAGUGCAAACGUAGACAGGUUCAAGGAUGAGGCGGGCAUGGGUACUACGGUUGAUCUCAUGAUUCAACCGUGUAUUCGUAGGGUGGGUGAUGGGCGGAAUGACUUUAGGGCUGAGAGGGUUAUUGUCAAGGGGGAUUUUGUGUCGGUCAAGGCGGGAUACUGA